CAAUCAUCCAAGUUUGAAGUUUCUAGCACUAAAAAGAAAGCCAGCCCCUCACGCUUCUCUUCUUCUUCUUCUUCUUCUUUGAUUUCCAACAUCUUUUGAUAGAAACCUGUCUCGAAGCUUGAAUCUUUGAACACUGGCUAAAACAAAAGCUUGAAUCUUUGGAAAUCAGUUACCAAGAAAACUUGUUUUCAACUCAAAUCAUGGAUUCAGCUCUUCAAUCUUGAAAGGAAAAAGUUGUAGAAAAAGAUGGUUUUAAGUUUGCCGGUUACUCAGUUAAAAGCAUCGGAUUUUGGGUUGAAUUAUCUGAUAAACAGCAAUGAAAACAUUUCCAAGUUUGGGUAUUUGUCAACAAGAUCUGCUUCAAAGCACAAGCUAAGGUUCAAACUUGUGGGAGCUCAGAGGGAUAGAUGGAAGCUCAAUGACAUUGACCCCAAGACUUUGCAAGAAAGAAUGAAUUCAUGGCUGUCAAAGACCCAACAUUUUUUGAGUGAGGUAACUUUGCCACUUGUAAAAACCGCUCAAAGUGGAACCGGAAAACCUGAUACUGGAAAUGAAGCUGGCACUCAAGACAUUGAAGACAUCUUCAUGGCAGAAGGAAUCAUUCCUAGUAGUAUGCCUAAUGGAAAUCUUUCAUUAGCUGCUAUUGUGUCUAUUGAGCAGUUUAGCAGGAUGAAUGGAUUGAGUGGCAAAAGAAUGCAGAAGAUAUUCAAAGCUCUCAUUCCGAAACCCGAGUAUGAUGAUGCUCGUAACUUAGUGGAGUAUUGCUGCUUUAGGUUCUUGUCAAGGGAUGCCUCUGAUCUGCAUCCCUGCCUCAAGGAACAUGCAUUCCAGAGAUUAAUGUUCAUCACAAUGCUUGCUUGGGAGAAUCCUUACAGUGAUAAAAACAAUUCGCAUGCUUAUGCACUCACGAAAUCUUCUGUUAAGGGAAAGCUAGUGGGAGAAGAAGCUUUUACUCGAAUCGCUCCUGCAAUUUCGGGUGUGGCUGAUCACCCUACAGUACAUAACCUUUUCAAAGCUCUUGCCUGUGAUGAACCGGGCAUCUCAUUAAGAGUGUGGUUAACUUAUAUCAAUGAACUUCUCAAAGUGCAUGAAGGAAGGAGAUCGUAUCAAAUCCAUGAAUAUCCUCAGCUUUCAGAUGAAAGAAUCUUGUGCGUCGGCUCUAGCAGGAAACGACCUGUUCUAAAAUGGGAGAAUAACAUGGCAUGGCCUGGGAAACUUACUCUAACCGAUAAAGCCCUGUACUUCGAGGCUGUUAAAUUUAAAGGUCAAAACGAUCCAAUAAGACUUGAUCUUACAGGUCCGGGAUUGGAUGUUAAGAAAGUAAAAGUCGGGCCUUUCAACUCAGGGCUUUUUGACUCUGGAGUAGCUGUUUCAUCGGGUCCGGGAACGCAAACAUGGGUGUUGGAGUUUGUCGACUUGGGAGGUGAAUUGAGGCGAGAUGUUUGGCACGCAUCUAUCAGUGAAAUUAUAACUCUACACAAGUUUCUUAGUGAGUAUGGACCGGAUGAUAAUGACCGAUCACUGUCCCAAGUAUUCGGUUCUCAAAAAGGGAAGCAAAAGGCUACGACUGGUGCCGUUAAUGGCAUUGCUAGACUUCAAGCACUCCAGUUCAUGCGAAAGUUGUUGGAUGAUCCAAUCAAACUUGUUCAGUUAUCGUUUUUGCAAAAUGCACCCCAUGGUGAUCUCGUGUUCCAAACUCUAGCCGUAAACUAUUGGGGUGGACCAUUAGUUGUAAAAGCUACGGAUGCGGGGUAUCAACGAGCUGAAGGAACAAUCCCUUCUGAAUCAGCAUUAGAUAUCAGCGAUCAUGUAUUUGACAUCGACGGAAGUGUUUACCUGCGGAAGUGGAUGAGAUCUCCAUCUUGGGUUUCUAGUGCUUCCAUUAGUUUUUGGAAGCAUUCUUCAAGUAGACCAGCAGUAGUGCUAAAUAAAAAUCUUGUUGUGGCUGAUAAGUCUCUCAUUGAAAGGGCAGCAGGGAUCUGUAAACAAAAAUACCAGGCAGUGGAAAAAACUCAAGCCACCAUCGAUGCAGCGAAACUUGAAGGGAUACCCAGUAAUAUCGACCUUUUCAAGGAACUUCUUCUUCCUUUUACAAUCACUGCUCGGAAUUUUGACAAGCUUAGACGCUGGGAGGAGCCACACUUGACUGUCUCUUUCCUUGCAUUUGUUUAUACAAUUAUUUUCAGAAACCUGCUUCCAUAUGUUUUUCCGGUGGCUUUGAUUGUCUUAGCAGCCUGCAUGCUAACCCUUAAAGGCCUCAAGGAGCAAGGUCGUCUUGGUAGAUCUUUCGGGAAAGUCACUAUACGUGAUCAGCCACCUUCAAAUACUAUUCAAAAGAUCAUAGCAGUAAAAGAUGGCAUCCGCGACGUGGAGUAUUUUCUCCAGAAUCUGAACGUUACUCUCCUGAAAUUACGCACGAUCCUCCUUGCCGGUCAGCCUCAGAUAACAACCGAGGUUGCUCUAGUGUUUUUAAUGUCCGCAACCAUUCUUCUCAUCAUACCUUUCAAGUACGUACUUGCGUUUGUUCUAUGCGAUCUCUUCACCCGAGAGCUCGAAUUCAGGAGGGAAAUGGUCAAGAGAUUCCUAAACUUCUUGAAAGAGCGUUGGGUUACGGUGCCGGCAGCCCCCGUAAUUGUAUUACCGUUUGAAGACAAGGAGUCCAAAUCAGUGAACCAAAAAAGCCAAACUGGUAAAAAUGCAAUCAGAAACAAUGCAGAGGGAUUGGAGACGUAGUUUUUUGACAUCCAUAUACACUUUGUAGUUCUAUAGUGAAAAAAAUCAGUUCUUUUAUGCUCAUAAGCAUAAGCAUAGAAAGAGUUGCAGACAUUGAAAUUCGAACAUAGAGAUUGUAACA